CAGCCUGCUUCGUGGGAGCGUCUUGUAAAUAUAUUAUAUUAAGUCCAGCGGAAGUUUUUUUGUAAAAAUGGUUCGUAAAUUAAAGUACCAUGAGCAGAAGCUGUUGAAGAAGGUUGACUUCAUCAACUGGGAAGUGGACAACAACCUGCACGAGGUCAAAGUGUUGCGGAAGUACCACAUCGAGAAGAGAGAGGACUACACCAAGUACAACAAGCUGAGUCGAAACAUCAGAGACCUGGCCAAGAAAAUCAGAGACAUGGACGAGAAAGAUGGCUUCAGAGCUCAGUGCACACACCAACUGCUAGAAAAACUGUACGGUGUUGGUCUCUUGCCCACCAGACAGAAUCUGUCCCUCACAGAGAAAGUCACAGCGUCUUCAUUCUGCAGGAGGAGGCUGCCGACCAUCGUGAUGAAGCUCCGUAUGGCUCAGAACCUAAAGACCGCCGUCACCUUCAUCGAACAAGGACAUGUGCGUGUUGGCACAGACAUCGUCACAGACCCAGCAUUCCUCGUCACAAGAAAUAUGGAAGAUUUUGUCACUUGGGUGGACUCUUCCAAGAUCAAGCAGCAUGUCAUGAAUUAUAAUGAGGAGAGGGACGACUUUGAUCUGGUGGCAUAAGCCUGUUUAUCAUCCAUCCGUCACCCUGGAGGUCAGGAAAGGGACACGCACUUUGCUCCUGUGGCGGUGGCAUGAAUAAUUACAAGAGGAUGGACCAAGUGUGCGCACAUCCAGGGUCAGAGACUCGGGUGCAAGACAACAACAAAACUUUGCUGCAGGGCACAGAGGAGCUCUGCACACUGUCAGGCUCACAGUGAAUUACUCAGAGGCAACAGUUCAACUCGGAAACUGAGACGAAAAUACCUGUCAAUAACUUGAGUUUUAUCUGAAGAACCUUCAAGGCUUUACUUUCGGCACCAAACACCUCUUUGUUGUAAAAAUGUACGGAUCUAAUAACCAGCCAAAAUAUGUGGAUUCAUCCAAGACUCAUUUGUGACUGACACCAUCACCUGCAUACAGUAGUUUUCUCUAUUUAAGUCUCAGUUUACUUGAGCAUUGUCAGUCAUCUCCCUGUACAGAGCAGCUUUCAGUGUUGUGUAGGUGACUACACACACACCCUUUUUUCAUAUUGUGUUAUUUGUGUGAACAUGAGCUGGCUUCACAUAGUAUGUAUGUUUGUGAUCAUGGAAAUGCUGGUUCAUAGCAUAAAGAGGACCGUUUCCUCUUCAUGAUAUUAACAUAGCAUGUCAUAAGUACAGCUGUGAAAUACAAUUUGAUAAAUAAUAUUUUCCACAGACUUGCUACAAUGUAAACUUUUACAUUAAACAUUCUUUUAUCACAGUA